ACUGAAAGAGCAUCGUAUUCACACAUGAUGUCAUAACCAGCUUCAAAGCAGAGAUGAACCACACAAAUACAUUUCAUCGUUCACAAUGACAACUCCUAAGCUCAACGUCCUCAUCGUCGGCGGCGGCAUCGCUGGCCCCGCCUUCGCAUACUGGCUACAUCGCGCAACCCCAUGCACAAUCACCAUCCUAGAGCGCUUUCCAGCGCCUCGAACCUCCGGUCAAGCAGUCGACAUCCGCGGCGUCUCUGUGGACAUCGUCCGCAAGAUGGGCAUUCUACCCACCAUUAAAUCGCUUAACACCUCAGAAUCCGGCAUGCAAGUCAUCGACGUCUCAGGGGCCGUGAAAGCCUCAUUCCCCGUCUCCGGCGACGAUAAAAACCAAGGUCCGACAUCCGAAUACGAAAUCAUGCGCGGCGACCUGGCGCGGAUCCUGCUGGACAUCUCCAAAGACCACGCACAGUACGUAUACGACGAAUCCGUCAAAACGAUCGAGGAAUCGGACAAUGGCAAAGUUCACGUCGAGUUCACAAACGCGCAUCUCCCGCCCAGCGAUUAUGACCUCGUUGUCGCGGCCGAUGGCAUGCUCUCACGCACGCGCCGCGCGGUCUUUGGCCGUGGGCCCAACAACAAAGACUACCUGCACCACCUCGGCGAAUACCUCGCCUACUUCACCAUUCCGUCCAUCCCAUCCGACGACUCAUGGUCACAAUGGCUCUCCUUCGGUCGCGGUCUGCUGGCAUUCAAACGCCCCGAUCGCGACAACAACGCGCGCAUCUUCCUCGGCGUCGCAGACAAGCCAACCGCAGAGCGCUUCAAGGCCUUUGAAACAGCGGUGCACGAGGGGCGAGACGCGCAGGAGGCAUUACUCAGAAAGGAGUUUGCGGGCGCUGGCUGGCAGAUGGAGCGAUUCUUGGGUGAAAUGAGCAAGAGCGACGAUUUCUACUUCCAGAUCGUCGCCCAGACGAAAAUUGAACAUUUCACAAAGGGCCGCAUCGCGUUGCUUGGUGAUGCCGGAUAUUGUCCGUCGCCGAUCUCGGGCAUGGGCACAGCUGCCGCAAUUACCGGCGCAUAUGUGCUCGCGGGCGAGAUCUCGAAGAAUCCAGAGGAUAUCAAGGAGGCGUUGGCGAGCUAUGAGAGGGUGCUGAGGCCGUUUGUGGACGAGGUGCAGUGGCUGAUUCCAGGGGCGCCGCAGCUGGCUGUGCCACAGAGCGAUUGGGCUGUCAAGAUAUUCAAUACAGUCAUGGGGCUUGCGAGUAGUAAGCCAGUGCAGAGACUGAUGGGAUAUGUGUUACCGGCGGCUGGCAAGAGAGGGUGGCAGCUGCCUGUUUAUGAGAAAUUCGAGGAGAGUCCUGGCAUUGGAGACGAUGAGAAGGUGUAGGAUUUCAUUCGUGAGAGUCUAGU